GAACAUGGCCGCCGUCGCCGUCGCGAGGCUUCCGGCGUGCCCUUUCCGGUAGAAGCAUAGUGGGCAAUGCUCGGAGAACAUCCCGACCCGACGAGUGACUUGAUAAGAAAUGAAAUUUUCGGCAUGUGAGGAUUAUGCCGGGCAAGCCGGGCCAGAGGAAGGAGAAGAGGAGGAGCCUCUUUCCCUUCAAAAAAUCAGUGAGGAAGCGGUUUAGACCUCUAUCGUACUGGAAGCGUAAAAGGCAACAACAGGUCUCUAUCUCUGACACUCAGGUAAUUGAAGUUGCUGAGGUAGUUCUAGGCGUUGAGGAAACAACUGAACAUGAAGCCGAAACCGCCUCAGACUGUGAAGCAACAACAGACCGUGACAGCCCUUCAUUCACCACUUCCCACACCUCUCAGCAUAAUGUUCCCAUCCCCUUGGAAAGUAAAGCAAACCCUUUCAACCUGGACCAUGAUUACGGCUCUAAAAUUGGUUCUCAACCUUCAACAACUGAUCAUGAUUAUUGUUGAUCAUGAUCAUGAAAUUGUUUAGAAAAUUCUGGAAGAAAGAAGUCUCGCAAACUUAUGAAGAAUGGUGAACCUUUGACCUGGAAACCUAUCGUUAGAUUGUACAAGUUCAAGUCUGAGCAGACAAUCAAGAGUCUGCCCAGACUGACAGCUGCAUGUGUAUAUUUAAAUAGUUAUUCUAGAAUGAGUGUGCCCUAUGCAGCUCGAGUAGUGAGUAAUUCUGUGUCCAGCAAGCUUGAUUUAAUGGGCUGGCCACAGACUAAAGAACUGAGUAUUUUUAAGAACUACUAAUGAACUUUUUGAUCUUGGCAACGGAGCCUACAAAGACCAGUGGGUCCGUUGCCAAAAGCCUAGAUUUAAGCCAUACACGAGUGUACAGGAUCCCAGAUUUGAAGAAU